CACUGAUCAACAGAGAGAGCCGAAGAUGUUGGCUCAAGCAGAGCCGGUAAUUGGCAUCCCUCAGAGGGGACAUGUACACUGAUCAUCAGGGCACUGAUGAUCAGUGUGCCCUGAUGAUCAGUGUAGCCCCAGCAGUGCCACCUGUCAGUGUCCAUCAGUACCAGCUGUCAGUGCUCAUCAAUGCCACCUGCCAGUGCCCAUCAAUUCCACAUAUCAGUGCCUACCAGUGCACAUCAAUGCCACAUAUCAGUGCCCAUCUGAGCUGCCUUUCAGUGUCACCUAUCAGUGCCAGUCAGUGGCAUCUAUCAAUGCCAGUCAUUGCCACCUAUCAGUGCUGCCAAUCAGCGCCGCCUAUCAGUGCCAGUCAG